UGAUGCUAACUCUUUUAGACACUGUCCCCCUCAUUCACCAAUGCAAGGAGCACACAGCUGGAAGACAAUGCAAGCUACUAUGCUGGAGAAAGAGUAUAAGACUCCAGCAAAAGAAACAUUUUUUUCAGAGUUUUUGUCCUAAAUGACUAAAAUGGUGUUUAAAUUCCUAAAUAGGAGUAGGUAUACAUACUUUUAUUUGGGACCAUUGAUCCAAUUUUACGGUUUACCCUUCUAAUUAAUUUUAAUCGUGCUGAAACACCAACUCAGCAAGUCUGGUUGCAAGUUCGCUUAACAGACUGACAAAGAGCUGGGCGACAACGUGCAAGCAGCCGCAGGCCAGCAGCCAGCAGCGGCUAUGAACGGCGAUAGAGUGACGACUCGCAGCGGUAACCGAUGAGCGGUGGACGGUGAUUUGUCUCUCGCCCUCUGUUUCUUCCUCGAGCUCAUCGAUUUUUCUGCAAUUUUUUUAUUUUCCGUCUGGGUCUAGUUUGACGGCGGCGGUGCCAAGCCCUGGUGGUCUUCGUCGAUCUGCAAUCGAUCUUGUUGCUGGUUUUACUGUUUUUUGUUGACGAAAUCGAUCAUUCUCAGCAACAACUCUGCUCUUCCUUUUGACAGUCACAACGAGGGACUAGCUACAGGGAUGCGACCAACCCACCGCACCUGUGCCCAUUUCCAACUUCCUCCGCUGUCCGCAGAAUAGCAGGAUACCCGCCGAACCAGAUUGGAAUGCUAGAUCUGCUUAUGUAUCUUCGUGUGCCCAUUUGUCAUACUGGCGUACAUCUUCUCAAUGAACUUACCAGUUGAAUGGGUGGGAAAUCAACCAAUGAAUUUAGUUAUUCAUGAGCUUAAGGGCUACAAAAAUAUGAGUGGAACAUCUUCUUGAUGAACUUUUCGAGUUGCAUGGGUGGGAAAUCAACCAACAAACUCAGGAGCUUCAAGGCUACAAAAAUACGAGUGUAAAAAUGAGAGCCUUAAGCACUGUCAGUGGUCUCACUCAUUCAAUUAAAAGAAACAGAAGCAGUCUAAUUUCUUCUGUCAUUAGAGAAGUCUACCCCUUUCGUUGUCAAGCCUUGUCAACCAUGUCAAGAGAGGAUCCCAAACUGAAGGAAAUGAUGGAUUUCAUAGACAACCUCAAGAACUAUGAGAAAGUAGGCGUACCCAAAGGUGCAGGAACAGAUUCUGAGGAUGGGUUUGAUCUUGGUAGAAUGAGGCGCCUAAUGGCGCUUCUGGGUAACCCUCAUUUCACAUUCAAGGCUGUUCAUAUUGCGGGUACUAAAGGAAAAGGAUCAACUUCUGCAUUUCUCUCCAGCAUAUUAAGAGCAGAAGGCUACUCUGUAGGUUGCUAUACUAGUCCGCAUAUAAAAACUAUUAGGGAACGUAUAACCUUGGGAAGACAUGGUGAACCAGUAUCUGCAGAGGUAUUGAAUCAUCACUUCCAAAGGGUGAGGAGAGAUCUUGAGAGAGCGGUGGAACUUGAAAACGGACGUCUUAGUCAUUUUGAGAUUUUCACCGCUAUUGCUUUCUCCCUAUUUUCUCAAGAGAAUGUAGAAAUUGCAGUUGUGGAGGUUUCACUGCUGGAUUGGGUGGUGCAAGAGAUGCUACAAAUGUAAUUAGCGCCUCUAAUCUUGCGGCAUCAAUCAUAACGACAAUUGGCGAGGAACACCUGGAUGCUUUAGGGGGUUCUUUAGAAAGUAUUGCACUUUCAAAAUCUGGAAUAGUCAAAGGUGGCCAUCCAUUAGUUCUAGGUGGCCCAUUCCUUCCACACAUUGAGCGAAUUCUCCGUUAUAAAGCGGAAUGUGUUUCUUCACCUGUGGUUUCGGCUUCUGAUGGAGGAAAUAAGAGUUCUCUCAAAGGCUUCCAUCAAAUAUGUGGCAUACCAUACCAAGUUUGUGACAUUGUGCUUCAGAUUGAUAGAGACCUUUUGCUGUCAAUAGCGUUAUUUAAUGUGAGGCUACGCAUGCUUGGGUCCCACCAGCUUAGGAAUGCAACAACAGCUGUAUGUGCAGCGCUAUGCCUUCAUAAUAAAGGAUGGAGGUUGUCUGAUGCAUCUAUUCAUGCUGGUCUAGAAAGUGCAGUUUUGCCGGGCAGAACUCAACUUUUAACUACAAAAGAAACUGAAAGGCUAGGACUACCUCCUCAUAUAAAUGUAAUGCUAGACGGAGAUCCUAAAGGAACUAUAACUUUAAGGCUUGUAAGUUCAGAUCAUAAAUGAUUUUCAGCACAUACGAAGGAAUCAGCCAGAUCAUUGGCUGAGACAGUGAGGUUGAUAUUUCCAAAGGGAAUAUUAAUUCUGGUAUUGGCUAUGGCAAGCGACAAAGAUCAUCUCGGGUUUGCAAGAGAGUUAAUUUCAGUGAAUAGUUUGGAAGCUGUAUUUUUUACGGAAGUUAACAUCGCUGGGGACAAAUCUCGAAUCACUUCAGCAUCUUAUCUGAAAGAUGUUUGGUUAAAAGCUUCACAGGAAAUGGGUAUUAACGUUCUUGGUAACGGAUAUGCAGAAUGCAAAUUUUCCGAGACUCAGUCAACACAUUCUGGAAAGGCUAGAGAAAUAUUACUUGCUGAGAAGCCAUUAAUGGCAGCUGUAAGAGUUGGAUCUCAGAUUCUGAAUGAAAGUGAGGGAAACCCUUCCCGGGUUGUGUUAGUGACGGGGUCUUUGCAUAUAGUUUCUGCUCUAUUAGCUUCCCUCCCAGAAUGAACUUUGAUAAGAAAAAGUUAAAAGGAGCGAGGAAAGUUGAAAUUUGUGGUGUUUGGUCCGAGUAAUGUCUUUCCUUUGCUCAUAUACAUUUCAUGGCCUUCUUUAAUGCUGUUUUAGAUUUUGUGAGAUAUAAAUGCCAGUUUGGGGACCCUUCAUAUUAACUUCAUUGUUUUAGAAUUUUGUCCCCCACUCUCAUUAAUGCUAUUAUCUAGAUGUUCCAGAUACGGAGUAAUGACAUAUUUGGCAUUUGUGUUUACACAAGGAGUUGCUGCAUUAAACCAUUUAAG